AUGGGAGAGGAGGAUAUUUCUGUUGGGGAUAGCGAGAUGUCUAACAAAGCCGAAAUGAGAUCAAAGGAUACCGUGAUUUCUGAAGCGAAUUACGAAAGCUCAGUGGGCGGAACUGGAUCUGCGUCUGAAACCGAAGAACGCAAUAUAAACCGCACUAAUAAUACUGCACCAUUUGCACUGGAAGAUCUCGGUCGACGGAUGUCAAGAUCCGAAGAUAUUGAGUCAAAAGUGGAUGGAUUCCAUGGGUAUCCGAACACGAAGGAAAUUCUUGACCUGGAAAGUAUUCCAGAAAAUGUCGACUACCGCCAAAUACGUGAGCGCGACGCGGCCUAUGCGAUAGGGGUAGAAUUAGAAUUUGAUGCAGAUGAAGAUGCAGAUGCGGCAGCGGCAGAAGCUGAGGCGGCGAAACAAGAAGUAGCCCCUUGCACACCUUCAGCUCCAGCAGAAAAAAGGAAGCCCAUCAAAUAUAAAGACUGUAUCGGAAGAAAAUUCGAAUUCCCUUUCGAGUUAGCCGACACAUGGCAAGGGAUGGAAGAAUUGAUAUAUCAAGCUUUCUUGAAUGUCCCAAGCAUCGGGCCACAUGUCUCUGAGGGCCACUAUGAUUUGGUGGGCCGGAACGGUGAUAUACUUCUCCCACAACUUUGGGAAGAAGUCAUAGAGCCUGGCAUGAAGAUUGUCAUGUAUAUGUGGCCCAUUCCCGAAAAGCCGAAAGAGCCAGAGCCUAGCACGACUGACAACAUCUCGCAAUCAAAGUUGCCUGACAGAGGAAAUGCCAAAAAGCCACUGGAUGAUGGGGGAACAUAA